AGACGCGAAUCGACUCCUUUUAGCAACAUUCUUCUUCAGUCCCUUCUUCUGUUUGACCUUUCCAAGUGUACUCCUAACUUUCUGCGCUCUUUAUCUAUACUGUUGUUGUCGUAGAGCUAUAGGUUCGUUUUGACGAGAGACUGUUGGACCAGCGGUGAGUUAGAAAGUGUUUGUGGAGCUCGAGCUUGUUAUCUAGCUUAUUUUAGCCAACAGCUAUCAGUAGAUUUACGGCUUAUACUCGAGGCUUUCCACUCUGUCCGCUCGUUAAAGGCUCAAUGUUCUGGUCAAAUACCAACAACAAGCUCGGUGACAUUGGCGAAUAACCCACCAAGAUUGUGAGAACCCAAUCUGCGUUCGUGUGAAGUGCAACCGAGCCUGUUUGGCCUGUUUUCCAUUGUCUCGAACACCACAAGUUGCUGUUUUUGAAGUGUGGGGAGGUUGUGAGGCUAGUCGUGUUCCUGUAAACAAACCCAGUCAGCUGUCGUGUUUCAGAUUAUCUGAGGGGAUCGACCCGACAACUAUGGCGCAACACGACUCCUCUCAUGUAGCCAGCUCGCAGAAAGCUCUCAUGAUGGAGAUGAAGAGUCUCCAGGAGGAACCCGUCGAGGGAUUUAAAAUAACACUGGUGGACGAAGCAGACUUGUACAACUGGGAAGUAGCCAUUUUUGGACCCCCCAACACGCAUUAUGAAGGAGGAUAUUUCAAGGCUCGGAUGAAAUUUCCGAUGGACUACCCGUACUCGCCCCCGGCCUUCAGGUUCCUCACUAAAAUGUGGCAUCCAAACAUUUAUGAGAAUGGAGAUGUGUGUAUUUCUAUAUUGCACCCUCCAGUGGACGACCCGCAGAGUGGAGAGCUGCCGUCAGAGAGAUGGAAUCCCACCCAGAAUGUCCGCACGAUUUUGCUGAGCGUCAUAUCUCUUCUAAAUGAGCCAAACACUUUCUCUCCUGCCAAUGUGGACGCGUCCGUCAUGUAUCGCAAGUGGAGGGACAGCAAAGGCAAGGACCGAGAAUAUGUGGAAAUCAUAAGAAAACAAGUGUUGGCCACCAAGGCAGAAGCUGAACGUGACGGAGUGAAAGUGCCCACCACGCUGGCCGAGUACUGCGUGCGCACGCGUGCUCCCCCUACUGACGAGGGGUCGGACCUCUUCUAUGACUAUUACUAUGACGACGACGACGUGGACGACGCUGAUGGCGACUGCUGCUACGACGAAGACGACUCUGGGAACGAAGAGUCAUGACGUGCUUUUUCCUCCUCCUCCUCCUCCUCCUCCUCUUCUGCUGCUCGGCUAAUGAAGCUGACGUUGGCGACGCCCACGCUGUCGGAGACUCUUGGCGCUCAGCUGAGAGUCAAAUGACGCCUUGUAUUCUGAAACCAAUGAAAUUAGCUGUUUUCUCUUCAGCUUGAGGUGAAUCUGAAAGGGUCCACCCUGGUAAGACUUGCACCAGCACAAAGGUCACCACUGCACCCAAGCCUAAACCCUGACAUGGCCAGAAUGACUUUCCAUUCAUUCUGUUCAAGUGUCCAGUUCAGAGUUGAGAGUAGUGAGAUGUUGUCACUGUCCACAGUUGCAGCAUUUCCACUGGAGCAAACUCUUGACUUUUCCUUCUCUGUAUUUCCUGAUGAUCACGCAAUGAUUCUGAGUGACUAUCAAUGGCGAUGGAUGAGUUGAAUCAGACAUUCCCAAGUCUCUUCGGUGCUUCAUCUAGACCUGACGUGUCUUGUGAGGUAACAUCGUUUUGAAAAACCUUUGCAUGCAACCUUCUAUUCAUGAAUUGUUUCCCGACUUCACAACCUCUUUCCUGCGGGGAUGAAGAUCCUUAAGAACUCUUGUAUAUUGAGUGAAGUGUUAAGCUGAGUUAAAACGUUCAUGAACUUUUUAAAUCAUGAAGCGACCUUUGCUGUGUCUCCUGGUUAUGUUUGUGUGCUUGUCUGUCAAUUUGGGGUUGGGCUAGUUGAAGUGUCACUGGUAAAGACCUGGCUUGUUUGGUUAUUCAAGGGCAGAACUAAUUAUUAUUUUGACUUGUAUUUCUUCUCGGGUCGACUUCCUUAAGAAGCCUGACGGAGCCAGAUUAAAACGAUGUACAAACACAAGUAUAAAUCAUUGGCUUUCUUGUAAUCCUGCCUUUGUUUGCUUUUCUCCCUGCAAGCAAGCGUUGCUAUUUCAUUUCUUAAAUUGGACUUUAUGCCUGAUGGAGAAUGUGUCAUGUGCUGAGAUCAGCUGCAGUGAAUUCCCAGGAAUAAAGAAAAAAAAUAUUUGUUUCUUUCCAACUAGUCUCUUUAUCCAGUGGAGCAUUUCAUUUUUUUAUUAUAUAUAUAUUUUUUUGAUUGUUUGUCGGUCACUGUGUGUUCUACAUCAGCGAUAUUGAUUGUUUCAAUUUGCUCAUUUCGGACGUCAUACUGAAUUUCUCAGGAUAUUUGUCAUAGCGAGCAAAUACUUACUGCUACAGAGUGAAUUUACAGCCUCAACCAUAACUAAUAUGCACAUGUAGCUGCGUGGAUGGUCACCGUGUUUUUAUUCACCUGUGUUUGUUUACCCUUUGUUUUUGGCUAUUUAAAACUACAAAAAAAUAAAGAU